AGAUUCCCGGGGUUUGUUUUGCCGUGCCUGGGAGUUCACCCGGUUCAAGAGGUUUCGCCAGAGGAGCAGCGCAGUGUUACUUUGAAGGAUCUGGAUGCUGCAUUGCCGCUUAUAGAACUCUACAAAGAUAAAUUGGUGGGGAUCGGAGAAGUUGGACUAGAUUUCACUCCCAGAUUUGCCAGCACGGAUGAACAGAAGGAAGGACAAAGACAGGUUUUGAUCAAGCAGAUUGAGUUAGCAAGAAGACUGGAUUUGCCUUUAAAUGUUCAUUCCCGCUCAGCUGGAAGACCAACAAUUAAUCUCUUAAAGGAACAAGGUGCUACAAAGGUGUUGCUCCAUGCAUUUGAUGGGAAGCCAUCCGUAGCGAUGGAAGGGGUGAAAGCUGGAUACUACUUCUCCAUUCCUCCUUCCAUUAUAAGGAGUGACCAGAAGCAGAAACUUGUGAAACUGUUACCUCUGGAAAGUAUGUGCUUAGAAACUGACUCUCCUGCUCUGGGGCCUGAAAAACAGGUGAGAAAUGAACCAAAAAAUAUUUACAUUGCUGCAGAAUACAUUGCCAAAAUUAAAGGAAUUCCAGUUGAAGAAGUUGUAGAAGUGACUACACAGAAUGCACUGAAAGUGUUCCCCAAACUUCGUAACUUUCUUCGGUUAUAGACGUAGAAACUGAAAUAUAUGAUAUUGCAGAAACUAUUAUUUAUGGUAUAAUAAAUAAAACCAACAAACACCUUGUCUUAAAGUGGAGUUUUGCUGUUCGGAUGUUCACGAACUGAGCAGUGUGUUACAUAGAUGCAUAGGAUGGAUAGAAUGAAUUUCUCAAAUACCUUCUUCAGUACACACCAUUAUCAUCUUUUAGAUGUGAUAAAGACAGGUUGCUCAUUUGCA